AUAAAAGUUAUAGAGAAAGUGCAGGGAAUAAUUUUUUCGGUUCCCUGGCUAGUUUGCGAGAAUGUGAAAGCCUAAUACAUUUGUCUUUAGAUUAUCAAAAAAAUAUUACUGGGGAAUUAAAAGAUUUACCGGUUGAUAGUUUACACAAACAACUAGCCGAAAAAGACGAGGAAUUAGAAAUUGAAAGAGAAGCUAAUAUUGAGAGUGCCCAAGCCAUGGACCGUUUUUACCGGGGUCAAUUUAUUGAAAAUAAAGACCCGGAUAAUGUGAUAAAAAAUAAUUUUGCUAACGAUUAUUUAUCGCUCAAUCAAGAAAAUCAACACCUAAAAAAACAGAACUCAGAGUUAAAAAGUUCAUCCGAGUUAGUUGUGAAAUUGUUCGAAACCAAUAUAUUAGUAAGCGAGUUAGAGGAAAAAACUGACCGAAUUACCGUUUUAGAAAAUGAACUCCAAAUUGCACAAGAAAAAAUUACUAAUUACGAAAAAAAAUUAAAAAAAGUGCUUGGUGAAAGUGAUUUGGCUAAUUGGAAGAAUAAGGUAGUGAAAAAGAGCGAGUUAGAUAAAGUUAAUGCAAAACUAACUAGUUUGCAAAGACAACUAGAAGUUUUAAAUACUCAAAAAUUAGAACUCGUGACAUUCACGAACAAUUUGGAAAAGGAAAUAGAUAACUUGCGACAGAAGGAAACAAAUCUCAUGAUAGUUAAUCGCAAUCUCCAAGAAACAGAAAAAUCCUUAAAAAAGUGUAAUAACUAUCACAAAGCCGCGGAAGUAGGUCUAGCAAUCAUAGCAGGGAUAGCGUUAGCGGACUGCCAGUCUGAGGAUGCGGGUUCGAUUCCCGUUACUCGCUCCAAAUUUGGCGAAUAUGGCGAAGUGGUUAACGCACUAGUUUGUGGAACUAGCAUUCGCGAGUUCAAUUCUCGCUAUUCGCCCCAUUACUAA